CAAGCCAUGCCAAGUACAAAAGUGCAGUGAUUGUGGUGCUUCAUAAAUGAUUUAUGUUGCACAAGUCGGGAGCAAUGAAUUAACACGUUUGAACACUGAAAAUAAACCUACCAGCAUUGCUUUUGAUGGUGAUGUGAGUUAUGGAAUUGCUAGCUCUUUUUUGCCUGUAAUCAGUGUCCCUUCAGCAUUGAAGUUCUCAAAACGCUGUGACCAAGAUGAGUUUACUCCGUCAGCUGGAUUUGACGCCAAACGGUCCGGCCGUGAACGUCAUAUUCUUCAAGGAAUUUCUGCGAGUCCGGCCGGAUUUCUUCGAGGUGGUGAACGGCCAGACGCAUCAGUUCUUCAGACAUGACCCCGCCCGCGUGCUCGUCUGCGAUCAGUCUGACAGCAGAGCUGCUUUGUUCCCGGAAUCAAUGGGACACAUCUUGAAGGUAACCAAUGAGAAUGAAUUAGAGCGACUGACCGAGAAGAUGCUGCGACUGCCGCUCUUCUUCACAAUAGAUCUGAAACGAAUGCACAAGUCCGGAAAUACCAGAUACAUAAAUACGGAUGAAGCAGCUGUCAUUGUGAACUCACAGCAUCCAUACAUUCAGGAUCACUACCGCGGAUUGCUGACGGAAGCCAUGGAUCUCAUGAGGGACGGCAAGAAGUUUGCAGUAGAGCUGGACUUUAAUGGGGUGCUUGAGGACUGGCUGCUUGCCCAUUACCGCGCCAUGGGGCAAGGGGGUUCUUUCAACACCGUCUACCGCUCCAGGCUGGGCAGGGUGGCGGUCACCAAUCAUGGUGAAUACUCCCAGGUCUUCUCCUGCGACAACUGCCCGACCGUGGGCUACUGGUGGACAGCUUGCUUCCCCUGCUGCUUGGUGGCGUGUCCCAUCUACGUGCUUCAACGCAAGCUUCGUGUGGUGGACCUCGGUGGGCGUGUCAAGGGCGUGCAGGCGACCACCUUCACCUCCAACCUGACCAGGCGUGAGGUGGAGGGACAGUUCAUUGCCGCUGCCGCUAAUCUGCUGCUGCAGCAGCGCCACAAUGCACAGAGACAAGCCGCGGUUACACAGCCACCACAGCCGGGCCCCCCACCCUCCUACACACCAGCACCCCCCUACACACCAACACCCCAGGGUCUGCCCCCACCCCAGGGUCUGCCCCAGCCCCAGGGUCUGCCCCAGCCCCAAGGCCAGCUCCAACCCCAAGGAGGACCUCAAGAAGUGCCGGCGCAGAUCAUGUAUGGCAACCCAACACCGCGGGUGGUGUAAGCAUUAGCUAGUGCCAGAGUUGCAGUCAGUCACAAGUCAUUCACAACUCUUCCAGUCUCAAGUCAGGUCACAAGAAAUGGAGUACCGAAGUGAAUGCGUCACGCGCACAAAAUAUGUGUGAAAGACAUAAGCGCGUGAUUCAGCCCGUGAACCAACAAGCGCGCGUACUCCAUACGUUUGCACUAUACUUUCUGGUUCUAAAUGACGUCACACUUCGGUACUCCAUUGUGAUGAACUUGACUACUUCUCACAGGUCUUGCCAAGUACAUGUACUCUUCUCUGUUGCAACUCAUAGAUCUCCUUGACGUCCAACAAGCAGGACCUGUUGUUGCGACUUGUAACUUUACCAAACGUCGGUCAUUCUACAGGGUGACCCCCCCCCCC